AUCAGACAGAUGGACAAGGAUUGAAGGAGCUGAAGUACAGUUAUACAAAUCUUGAACGACCCUUAGCCGUGCGUUGUGACGCAGCCGUAACGUGGGGUUUCCCAGAGCUGAGAGCAGGGCUACCGCGCCCAUCUCUGCUGUUUGAUGGCCGGAGGAAGAGUUUGAGAUACUGGUGUGGAGAAAUAGAUAAUAGGGGAACGACGGGGAAGACAAGAAGGAUAUAAAAUUGGAUAUAAGCUGUUGUAAAUUAGAAGACAGUGCCUAGACUCAAACGCAUUGUUGUUCCACAAAGCGUUUGGUAGGUUGAACAUUACUUGAUCUCUGUGCCGGUGUGUCUCCCCUUGGCGGAUCGAAAGCUGGGUUCGGGGAGUGCCGCUCCUCGAUAGCUUGCUAGCUCUAGUCUGUGCUAGGUGGAGAGGAGUCGAUCUUCGCUGUUUCCAGUCAAUGCGAUAUAAACAACGGAUACCCUCGAUUGAAAACGGAUCUGCACGAGUCCCGGCGGCGGAGCGAAGCACACCAUUAGCAGAGGAAAAUGAGCGAACUGGACCAGCUGCGCCAGGAGGCCGAGCAGCUUAAGAACCAGAUCAGAGAUGCCAGGAAAGCGUGUGCGGAUGCUACCCUAUCUCAAAUCACAGCAAACAUCGACCCUGUUGGCCGAAUUCAGAUGCGCACUAGACGGACCCUGCGGGGGCAUUUGGCUAAAAUCUAUGCCAUGCACUGGGGCACUGACUCAAGGCUUUUAGUCAGUGCGUCCCAGGAUGGUAAACUAAUCAUUUGGGACAGCUACACCACAAAUAAGGUCCACGCCAUCCCGCUACGCUCCUCCUGGGUAAUGACGUGCGCCUACGCCCCCUCUGGGAACUAUGUGGCCUGCGGAGGCCUAGAUAACAUCUGCUCCAUCUACAACCUCAAAACCCGUGAAGGAAACGUGCGCGUCAGCCGCGAGCUGGCUGGCCACACAGGUUACCUGUCCUGCUGUCGCUUUGUGGAUGAUAAUCAAAUCGUCACCAGCUCUGGAGACACCACCUGUGCUCUCUGGGACAUCGAGACAGGCCAGCAGACAACCACGUUCGCCGGCCACACUGGAGAUGUCAUGAGCUUGUCACUGGCGCCUGACACACGGCUGUUUGUUUCCGGGGCUUGUGACGCCUCCGCCAAGCUCUGGGACAUCAGAGAAGGAAUGUGCCGACAAACCUUCACUGGACACGAGUCAGACAUUAAUGCCAUUUGUUUCUUCCCCAACGGCAACGCCUUUGCCACUGGCUCGGACGAUGCUACUUGCCGGCUGUUUGACCUGCGUGCUGACCAGGAGCUGAUGGUCUAUUCCCACGACAACAUAAUCUGUGGCAUCACCUCAGUGGCGUUCUCCAAGAGUGGUCGCCUGCUGCUCGCCGGCUACGACGACUUCAACUGCAACGUGUGGGACAGCCUCAAGGCUGACCGUGCAGGUGUCCUGGCUGGUCAUGACAACCGUGUAAGCUGCUUGGGCGUUACCGACGAUGGCAUGGCAGUGGCAACAGGGUCCUGGGACAGUUUUCUCAAGAUCUGGAACUAGAGUCUGAAGAUGGCAUCCAGACUCCAAAGUUGAAUGGAAGACCAUUCCAACAUCAAAAUGUUCAAUUUAAUUGCAUAUCAAAUCUCGAAAAACCACGAUACUGACUCCAACUCCCCAAAAAACUACUAAGGGCAAAAAUUAUUUUUCCUUCUCAUUUUUAAAGAAGAGCACAAUUGUUUAGCACUCAGCUAUAAAGAUGAGGAAUUUCAUUGGUAUGAAGUGAAAUGGGGGAAAUAAUUGUGCAUUCCUACUGGGACCAUUUUCUGAUAGUGUCGAAGAAAAAUACCUUCACCUCCAUGCAAAUGUCAUCCAUUCUUCAGUGCAAAGGUUUGAGUGACGGAAUUUACAUAAUGAUUUUCCAACUAUUGCUCGAUUUUUGGCCAUGUUCUAUUUUUUCGCUAAUGUUAUUUUUUUCUUUAUUCCUUUAUUCCUUUAUUUUUGGUUGAGAGAUUUAGAUCUGUGACCUCCUGCUGGUAAAAUGAAGAUCAGAAGCUUUCUUUUAUCUCUUAGUCUUGAUAUAUUUUAGAAAAAUCAAGUUUUGUAGAUUGGAAAUACAAAUUACAAAUGAUCACAUUUUAAUUCAGCUUUAACGCACCUGAAACAAAGGUAAAAUAAUUGAAUUGUGAACAGAGUUCACGUACCACCAACAAGGCCGUUCUGUACAUUUUAGUCCCAAGAUACCUUUCUUUUUCUGUCUUGUCACAAAUCUUCGCAUAAUAGAAUGUUUAAAGAAAAGUUAACUAACCAAGCACCUGCUGUUUAUGAUAAUGAAUGCUCAUCUUUAAAACAAAAUCAAACAGAAUCAUACACAACAUUUUAACCAUUCUCAUCAGACUUUUAUUGGCCGGCAGCAUAGAAUAAUUAAAUGAACAUUAACCCAUCAUUUCCCUUUCUUUUUUGUUUCCCUUUUCUGUUGACCGUGGUUGGGACAGGUGAUCUUAUUUGGUGGGUUAGGGAAGCCUCCGCUUAUAUCCCGGUUUCAUUCCGGAGUUUGUGUUAUCAGAGGUGCCCGUUCCAUGCUUGGAAAUGCAGUUACUACUCUGUGAUGACAUGUUGUAAAAAUCUAUGUUUGAAAAUAAUGAUAUUGAAACUUUUUAAGUUAAAAAAAAAUAAAAAAAAGAUUUUGGUUGUCUGCCAUGGGUGGGUAAACUCUUAGAAUCGCAUGCUGUAGAAUUGCUUAAAAAGAGGUGCAUAUGGAACUAAGUCCUUUUGAUGUUUUUCUUUAAGAAAAUAACCUGUUCAAUAUAUAAUACUUAUAAUGGUAUUUAUAUUGUUUAUGGCUACUCUGUGCAUAAAUAAAUUUAAAGCUAUGCACUUGAGAGAAGCAAACACCACAACAUAAAAUAAACGGUUACCUGGUCUUAAGACAUCCAUGCUUGGGAAGGAUUCCUUGUCACGUUUAAAGCAUACACACAUGCACACAGACACAAAUAGAACAAACAGUUCUUCAUUCCUUCUGUAGCAAACAAAUUCCAAUGACAAAGAAAAUAAAUAUUUUGUAACAAACAGGUUUUUUUCUGUUCUUUAAUAAUAAUAUAAAGAACAUGCAGCAUCUGAAUGGCAGAUUUUUCUGUUGUUCCCCUCUCCUUGUAAACAGAGACGCUCUUUCUUUAGCAGUAGUGGCAUUUUUUUCCCCCCAUUCUGUUUUUUUUUCUCUGCGACAUUCUGUACAAAAAUGUGCUGUAAUCGUGCUUUAGGCCUGGAGUUGGCAAAAAAUAAAAUCAACUAAAUUCCAUUUCCUUUUCUCUCUUCAUAAAAUAACUGUUGAUCUCUGCACCCCUCUGUUCCCUUCUCACCUUUUGUAUUUAAUUUUAAAGUCUGUGUACAACCGAAAGCUGGAUGCAAGAUAGAAACUAUAUUAAAAUGUACUGUUAUUUAAGAUGUAAUAAAAAGCAGUUUGAGAUGA